AUGGACCUGAGUAGAGAUUUGUUAGUUGAAAUCCUGGUGAGAUUGCCCGCACAAGCUUUGGUCCGUCUUAUGACCGUAUGCAAAUCGUGGAAGUCCAUCAUAACCAGCUCCGAAUUCUGUUCCUUGCACCUCUCCAGAAACCGCCACACCUCCAAAAUCUUGCUCAUCACACGAGACCGUGGCCAGUGUAACGGCGAUAAUGACAACGUACCCAAGGAGUGGUACUUGCUGCUUAACAACGACGAACAUCUCCCGGCCGACCCUUCCUGGUUGGUCCCUUUCGAUUUCCCCUGCUUCCAAUGCCAAGACUUGACCUCUCAACACAUACUGGGCUCCAUCAACGGCUUGAUAUGCAUAUCCCUGAUACCAUACUAUUUGUGGGGUGAUGUGGAAGCCAACAUACCCAUUGUGCUAUGGAACCCUACCAUCCGGAGGUACAUCCGCCUACCGAACCCCACCUUCAGCUACACGUGUAACUCGUCCAUCGAGUUUGGAUACGACGCCACCACUGACGAUUACAAAGUCAUGGUCAUUAGGAGAGUAGGUGGCAGUACUACUACUACUACUCCUGCCCUAGAGUUCCACAUCUAUUCCUUGAACUCACACGCGUGGCGCGGAGGUUUCAAAAUAUGCCCUCCCGCCGGGACUGGAGAAAGAGGAGACCGCCGAUUGUUUGGUAGCACGGGCGCUUUGGCGGGAGGCAAGAUGCACUGGAUCGUCUCCAAUGAAAUUAAUUAUGAUGAGGUGGAGCUUGAUGAGAUGGAGCUUCUUUGCAAGCGCAGCCUUUACUCGUUCGAUGUGGCGGAGGAGGUUUUUGCAGAGAUGGCCUUACCUGAGGAGGAGCUGGCUCAUGAUAAGGUUAGCACAGACCCCAUAAUUACUGUAGUUAGGGACUCGUUGCAUUUGGUUCAGGGCACGCUUGGCUUGCCAAUGUAUUGGACAAUUUGGGUGAAGAUGGACGCCGGCGGAUCUUGUGAUAUGUACUGGAAGAAAUUGUACAGAGUUGAUGUGACCGCUAUAUUUGUGUGUUUUUUGAAGAAUGGGGAGUACUUGAUGGACAAGUACCCUCCUCACCCCAGUACUGGGGUGGUCGAUGAUGACCAUGGUGUCUUAGCGGCAUAUGAUCCGAGGGCUAGGCAGUUUAAGGACUUGGAGCCCUUGUCCCUCUCUCAACAACGAGCCUUUGGGAGUGUCCGUUCUUUUAAUCACCAAGAGAGUCUCGUCCUUCUCGACCGCUAG